AUGGGCACAGCUUGCUAUAAGGGCCCUACAACUCUGCAACGAGAUCCAGGGUCGCAUGUGGAGCACCAUGACUCCCCUGCGUCAAUUCAAAUAGGAAUGCGUUACAUAAGCAAUUUAAUACGUUCUAUGCUGGCCAUGUUUCUCUUAACUGGACUGAAACAAACGUACUUCCGCACCCGAGUCUUCUGUUGCACUUCUCCUUUUCACGUUCUGCCUGAGGAGUUGCUGCGUAAAAUCGAGAAGAAAGACUUGCCUUUCGACCGGUACUAUGACUUGACAUCAACUGAAAUAGGCGAACUUGUGAGAGUGCCGAAGAUGGGAAAGCUACUUCACCGCCUGAUUCACUCUUUCCCGAAACUGGAGCUUGCAGCGUUUGUGCAGCCACUUAGCCGGUCUUGCCUUGUUGUUGAGCUGACCAUUACCCCAGAUUUCCAGUGGGACCCGAAAAUCCACGGCAACGGCGAGGUGUUCUGGAUCAUUGUGCACGACGUCGACUGCGAGCAGAUUCUCCACCAUGAGAUGUUCAUAUUACCAGCGUUCCAAGGAGAAGUUGAACAUACGCUAACUUUCACGCUGCCUGUGACCGACCCGAUUCCUCCCAGUUACAGCAUCCGCGCCAUUUCAGAUCGCUGGCUUCACUCCACGGCGUCAUUGCCCAUCUCCUUCAGAAACCUCAUCUUGCCAGAGAAACCUAUGCCUCACGCAGAGCUGCUGGAUUUGCAGCCACUGCCUGUCUCGUCUCUGCACGAUAAGAAAGCGGAGGAACUGUACAAGAAGGAAGGCAUUAAGGCGUUUAACCCCAUUCAAACACAGGUCUUCUCCACCUUGUACUCGACAAGCGAGCCUGUGCUGCUGUGCUUGCCGCCUACUAGCGGCAAGGAGAUCUGCAUAGAGUUUGCCAUUCUACGGAUGCUCAAGACAGAGCCUGCCAGCGCUUGGAAGGCAGUAUACCUUGCACCUUAUUCAUCUGUAGUACAGGAAACGCUGAGACAGUGGAGCUCCAAACUGGGCAAUGGCCUAGGGCUUAAAAUUGCAGAACUCACGGGUGAUCUGCACGCGGACCUGAAGAUUUUGGAGCAAUCACAUAUCGUGGUGUCUACACCCGACAAGUGGGAUUUCUUAUCUCGUCGGUGGAAGACUCGCAAAGUGUUGCAGUCGAUCCGCCUAUUGGUUGUCGACGAUCUGCAUCUUCUCAACUCUCCAGUAGGCUCUACUCUGGAGGUAUGCCUUUCAAGGAUGCGAUACAUCUCCGCGCAGCUGCCUCAGCCCGUCCGCAUCGUUGCCUGCGCCAAUUCCCUCUCGAAUGCCAAGGACGUCGCAGAUUGGCUCGGGGUAUCCGCUACCGACAGAUCACGUUCGUUGAAAGGCUGA